ACUUUUUCUUUCCAAAGUUAUAGAGAGAAGAUUGAAGGUGCGGGUGUGAGAUCCCUGUGGGGUGUUCAUAUUAUUAUAUUCAUAUAAACACGCUCAUAUUUUUUCGUAUUAUUAUUAUAUAUAUGUACUGUUUGUUGCUUCGUAGCAACAACACAUCCGCAGAGCCACUUUGUUUGCAAGAGAGAGAAUCUACGAAAAUUUUGGUGUGGUGUUGUGUGGCAGAUCACGAAUCCUCAGAAACUCCAAUGGCUUUUAUGUCGGAGGUCAACAUGAGCUUCUCUCACUACAUGGAUGAUGAAUACGAGAAACUCUUCCGGAGAAUGAACCCCCCCAGGGUUGUAAUCGAUAAUGAAUCCUGCAAGAAUGCCACUGUUAUACGGGUUGAUAGUGCAAACAAGCAUGGAAUACUUCUUGAAGUUGUACAGAUCCUCACUGAUCUAAACCUCAUCAUAACCAAGGCUUACAUAUCUUCUGAUGGUGGAUGGUUCAUGGAUGUUUUUAAUGUUACUGGACAAGAUGGAAACAAGGUUACUGACGAGGCCAUUUUGGAUUACAUUAGAAAGUCUCUCGGUCCCGAAUCUUGUGUGACUUCUCCCAUUAGAUCUGUUGGGGUUGAGCAAACAAUGGACCACACAGCAAUUGAGCUUAUGGGAAGUGAUAGGCCAGGAUUGCUUUCAGAAGUCAGUGCUGUUUUGACCAACCUCAAGUGCAAUAUAGUGAAUGCAGAGGUGUGGACUCACAACACCAGGGCAGCCGCUGUAAUGCACGUGACAGAUGAAGAAACCGGAUCAGCUAUCACUGACCCUAAGAGGCUCUCUAUGAUCAAGGAACUUCUAUGCAAUGUGCUUGGUGGUGGCAACAAGAAGAGGGGAGCUAAAACUGUUGUGACAGAUGAAGUCACACACACUGAGAGAAGGCUUCACCAAAUGAUGUUUGCUGAUAGGGAUUAUGAACGAGAUAAUGAUGAUGGCUUUGAUGAGAAGCAAAGACCAAAUGUGAAUGUUGUGAAUUGGUCUGACAAUGAUUAUUCAGUAGUAACUAUUCAGAGUAAGGACAGGCCAAAGCUUCUCUUCGACAUAGUUUGUACUUUGACAGACAUGGAGUAUGUGGUUUUUCAUGCAAAUAUCGAUGCUGAGGGGCCGGAAGCAUAUCAGGAAUAUUACAUCAAGCAUAUUGACGGGUCCCCUGUGAAAUCAGAUGCAGAAAGACAAAGAGUUAUACAAUGUCUUGCAGCUGCAAUUGAGAGAAGAGUUUCUGACGGUUUGAAGCUAGAACUCUGCACCACCGACAGAGUUGGACUUCUAUCUGAUGUCACGCGUAUCUUCAGAGAGAAUAGCCUCACAGUUACAAGGGCAGAAGUGUCCACAAAAGGAGGCAAAGCUGUUAACACUUUCUAUGUUCGCGGGGCAUCUGGUUUCCCUGUUGAUUUGAAGACCAUAGAAUCCAUUAGGCAAACAAUAGGAAACACAAUCCUUAAAGUAAAGGGUAGCCCUUCAGAGAUGAAAUCUGUUCCUCAGGAUUCUCCCUCCAGAUCCCUGUUUAGUGGUCUUUUCAAGUCCAGAUCUUUUGUGAACUUUGGCUUGGUUAAGUCUUAUUCUUGAGAAAGCCAUCACACAUGCGCCCAUCUUUUCUUGUACAGUGAAAGAGGUGAAAGAUGCAAAGGGCUUACUAGGAAGUGUGACACGACUUUAGUUUAGUGAAGUAGGAACACCAUCAUAUCACACGCUAGAGAAAAUGGCUUGUAAAUUCUCUACCCCUUCUUCUCCUUUAUGUUUUUCCACUGUGGAAUCCAAUCACUUGGUUCUGUAACCUUGAAACAAUUAGUUUCAAGCACAUCAUUUGUAUAUAUUCAUUCAUUUUCUAGCACCA